CUGUUCAAGGUGGGCAGAAAAUAGUGUUGGUGGCCUGAGGAGUUUUUCUGUGUUGGAAGUAUUCCUGCCUGAAAUUUGUAUUGAUAUUUCCUCUUCACUACCAGUGGAGUCCACCAUCGAGUGCCUAGUGAUUUAGGAAAUUAAAUGACUAUGCAAGCAGCCCUAAAGUCAAAGGGAUAAAGAAGUUACACCGUGUACCCUCCCUUCUACCCCUUCUCCAGAUCUGAUUUAACAUAGAUGUUCCUGAGAAGAUUGCCCGCCUGCCCCUCCCUCCUUACCUUACUCGCCUAUCUCCUUGCUUCUUUCCUUCCAUUCACAUUGAUUCUUGUCAGCGUAAGACUGCCCUUUAGCCCAGUGUGGAGUGUGAAGUUUUCUUUUCUUUCGCAACACAGUUUGGGAGAGAGGCGGAUGGGGAGAAGAGCAUGGAAAACAAGGAAGCGGCUCUGGGAACACCACAUUAAAGCCCAGCUUCUCCCAGAGGACUCAACAGUAGCCUUCCUUGAGGACCUGCCUUUCCCAUUUGCUGCCUGAAGUUAAUGUUUCUUGCUGGCCAAAUCAGGGACAUGCCGGCAUUAGCGGGAUGAGUGGGUGUUCCGGCAGGGAUGUGGUCAUUGAUGGCCAAUGAGGGCGAGAGUACCACUGCCCACUUCUUCCUUGGAGCUGGAGAUGAAGGGCUGGGCACCCGUGGAAUAGGCAUGAAGCCAGAAGAGAGUGACAGCGAGCUCCUUGAGGACGAGGAGGAUGAAGUGGAAUACCAUAAUGCGGGAGCUUGCCCCACAGUUCCAGAUUCCAUGGUCCAUCCCCACAGAGGCUGAGGACAUUCCCAUUGUUCCUACCACAUCUGGCACUAUGAUGGAACUUCGUUGUGUCAUUGCAAUUGUUCGUCAUGGGGAUCGUACUCCCAAGCAGAAGAUGAAGAUGGAAGUGAAACACCCAAGGUUUUUUGCUCUGUUUGAAAAACAUGGUGGCUAUAAGACAGGGAAAUUACAACUCAAGUGACCUGAGCAGCUCCAGGAGGUGCUGGAUAUCACAAGGCUGUUGUUGGCUGAACUGGAGAAAGAACCAGGUGGUGAGAUCGAGGAGAAGACUGGAAAACUGGAGCAGCUGAAGUCUGUAUUGGAGAUGUAUGGUCACUUCUCAGGUAUAAACCGGAAGGUACAAUUGACUUACUACACUCAUGGAGUAAAAGCUUCUAAUGAGGGGCAAGAUCUAGACCAUUCACUGCCGCUUAUUCCCUCCGAUCCACAGAGGGAGGCUCUGGCCCCAUCUCUGUUGCUGGUACUGAAGUGGAAUGGAUAACUGACUCCAGCUGGCCCUGUUCAGGCUGAGAAGCUGGGGUGAGCUUUUCGCUACACGUACCCCGGAGGACAGGGUGACUAUGCUGGCUUCCCUGGUUGUGGGCUGCUUUGUCUCCAUAGCAAUUUCCGCCACAAUGUCAAGAUCUAUGCCUCUGAUGAGGGUCGUGUUCAGAUGACUGCUGCUGCCUUCGCCAAGGGCCUUCUGGCUCCAGAAGGGGAGCUGACACCCAUUUUGGUGCAAAUGGUGAAGAGUGCCAACAUGAAUGGGCUACUGGACAGCGAUGGGGAUUCCUUGAGCAGCUGCCAGCACCGGGUGAAGGCUCGGCUGCACCAUAUUUUACAGCAGGAUGCGCCCUUUGGCCCUGAGGACUACGACCAGCUGGCUCCCACCAGAAGUAUUUCCCUGCUCAACUCCAUGACUAUCAUCCAGAAUCCUGUGAAGGUCUGUGAUCAGGUAUUUGCCCUGAUCGAAAACCUCACCCACCAGAUCCGGGAACGAAUGCAGGACCCCAGGUCUGUAGACCUGCAGCUCUACCACAGUGAGACACUAGAGCUAAUGCUACAGCGUUGGAGCAAGCUGGAGCGUGACUUUCGACAGAAGAGUGGGCGCUAUGAUAUCAGUAAGAUCCCUGACAUCUAUGACUGUGUCAAGUAUGAUGUGCAGCACAAUGGGAGUCUGGGACUUGAAGGCACAGCAGAGUUGCUCCGUCUCUCUAAGGCAUUGGCUGAUGUGGUCAUUCCCCAGGAGUACGGGAUCAGCCGGGAGGAGAAACUGGAAAUUGCUGUGGGCUUCUGUCUUCCACUGUUGCGGAAGAUACUGCUUGACCUGCAGAGAACCCACGAGGAUGAGUCUGUCAACAAGCUGCAUCCCCUGUACUCCCGAGGCGUGCUCUCCCCAGGUCGCCACGUUCGAACGCGUCUCUAUUUCACCAGUGAGAGCCACGUCCACUCCCUACUCAGUGUCUUCCGUUAUGGAGGACUUCUUGAUGAGACCCAGGAUGCACAAUGGCAGCGAGCUUUGGAUUAUCUUAGUGCCAUCUCAGAGCUUAACUACAUGACCCAGAUUGUCAUCAUGCUUUAUGAGGACAACACACAGGUACUUUCUGAGACUUCAUCCUCAAGGCCUGGUGGCUACCGGCUCUUUUCAUCUUCACGGCCACCCACAGAAAUGAAGCAGAGUGGCUUAGAGCUGCUGGAUGACCAGCACCCUGUGGUCCGGUUGCUGCGCAGUUUUUCCUCUGACUGUACAGGGGGCCGGCCAGUCUCCUUGGAUGCCACGCUGGCGCAUCACCUGCACCAGUGCUCCUACCACCUGCGCCUCUUCCGGAACUGGCUGCGCUCAGGCCAGGAUGAUCCCGAGUGCCUCUACGGUACCCCCUGCCGCCAAGCUGGCUGCUGCCACUACCCUGGCUGGGACUGA